AUGGAGAAGGUUACAUUUUUGGGACAUUUUAUGUCUAAGGAAGGAGUUGUAGUGGACCCUGCAAAGAUUAAAGUAGUUAGUGAAUGGCCUACACCUAAGAGUGUCACUGAUAUUCAUAGCUUUCUUGGUUUGGAUGGAUAUUAUAGGCGUUUUGUGCAAGACUUUUCUAGGAUAGCCAAACCAAUGAAUACCUUGAUGAAGAAGGAAGCUAAGUUUGAGUGGAAUUAUAUGUGUGAAGAAGCAUUCCAAGCUUUAAAGACGCGAUUGACAACCGCGUCGGUGCUAACACUGCCAGACGAAAGUGGUACUUAUGAUGUGUACAUUGAUGCGUCUAAGAAUGGUUUAUGGUGUGUUUUGAUGCAGAACGGGAAGGUGAUUGCGUAUGCGUCAAGACAGUUGAAACCGUAUGAAUCCAAUUACCCUACCCAUGACUUAGAAUUAGCUGCCGUAGUGUUUUCAUUGAAGAUAUAG